AUGAUAAAACGUUGUCUAUUGACAACAAUAGUUUUAAUGGUAUUGUAUAUAAUAAUAACAAAUAGUAUAAAUGACGAAUCAUUUAUAUCUCGAGAUAAUAUAAAUAUUAAUGUGGGUAAAAAAGUAAGAAUGGAAUGUGAAUUAAAUAAUUUAACAAUAAAUGAAAAUCGAAAGAUUUUAUGGUUACGUAUUGAAGAUGCUGAAAUUGUUUAUUAUUCUAAUAAUCGUAUUAUAUCUGAUGAACGUUUUUAUAUUGAAAAACGAAUAAUAUUUAAUAUGAUAAAUAAUACAUCAUCAUAUAAUAUAAUAAUAUAUUCAUUGAUUAUUGAAGAUUUACGUUUAUCUGAUAGUGGAACAUAUUCAUGUCAAAUUGAUAAUAAUAUUAUUAAAUUAUUUUCAUUAAAUAUUGUUGAACGACCUUAUUUUAUAAUACAUGAAUAUUCAACUAUAAUACGAACAUAUAUUGGUGAAAAUAUUUCAAUUAUUUGUCAAGCAAAAGGAAAACCAAAACCAUUUAUUUAUUGGAUUAAAAGAAUAGAUGAAAAUAAUCAAAUAAUUUUAAAGAAUUGUUCAAUAACAUCAAAUAUAUGUCAAUUAAAUUUUUUUAAUAUUAAUUAUUAUUAUAAUGGAAUAUAUGAAUGUUUAGCUAAGAAUUUUCUUGGAACAAUUGGACGAUUUUAUCAAAUUGAUGUACAAUUUCCACCAAAUGUUUCAAUAUUAACAAAUAAAACUUCUUAUUUUAUUGGUGAUAAACUUAUAUUAGAAUGUUUAAUUGAUGCUAAUCCAAAAGCAGAUAUACGUUGGUUAUAUAAAUCUUCUUAUGAUAUUGAUCAUGAUAAAGAUUUAUCUCAAUUAUUUUAUCGAGAAUAUUUUGAUCAUAACCAUUUUACAAUAGAUAAUGAUAUUUGGUACAUUAAACAAGAACAAUUAAAUGCAACCAGAUGGAAAACAACUCUUUUUAUUAAACAUAUUCCAAGACGUUUAUUUAAUUCAAAAAUCAUAUGUCGUGCAAUAAAUCAUCAUGGUGAAAAUGAACAAAUAAUAAAAAUAAUUGAAAAAUAUCAUUCAUCAAAUAUUGAUCGUCAUCAAAUAUUAACAACACCAAUUAUUUCUACAUCAACUUUUAUUUUUAAUACAAAUCAAAUAUCAUUAACAAAUCGUACACAAAUUAUAUUUGAAAAAACAAAUUAUAUUAAUAAUCAAUCAAUCAAAAAAAAAAAUUCAAUUUAUUUAUAUUAUUUAUUUAUUUCACUAUUCUUGGUAUUUUAUCUAUAA